AUGGGGAUAAAACAAAGGUUUGGGAACAUAUUUAGAAAGGGAACCAGAUCUCUCAUUGCCCCAGCUCAUUUAGUUUUAUCUCCUGAAAUUAUCCAGCAAGGCCAGUGGGCAAACUUACCUCCUGACCUUCUUCAGGACAUUAUUCAAAGCAUCGAAGAGACCGAAACAUCAUGGCCGGACAGGGCAGCCGUCGUGUACUGCGCAUCGGUCUGCAAAUCAUGGAGAGAAACCACUAAAGAGACCGUAAGAACCCUGGCGGAAUGUGGAAGGUUCACCUUUCCUGAUUCGUUAAAACAUCCCGGUCCUCGCAAUUAUCCGAUCCAGUGCUUCAUUAUAAGAGAACCAACUACUUCAGUCUAUCGGUUAUAUUUAGGUCGCAGCCCAACUGAGGAUGCGGACGAUAAGUUUUUGCUAUCAGCAAAGAAGUUCUGGACUUUAACUGGCCCGGAGUUCGUGAUAUCUUUGGUCGGUGAUGACUUUUCUCGAGCCAGUGGUACAUAUGUUGGAAGCUUAAGGUCUAAUUUUCUUGGCAACAAAUUUACCAUUUACGAUAACCAACAUUUGAGCCGGCGAUACAAUGCGAAGAAAUCGCCUGAAAGUUUAGACAGAUGUAAGAACAAUAGUGUCGCAACCAUUUCCCAUGAGUUGAGUGUUUUUCGUGCUAGAGGGCCAAGGCGCAUCCAUUGCGUCAUGAACUCGAUUACUGUCUCAUCGAUGAAAGAAGGUGGUGGUAAGGUACCCGUUGUACUUAAAAAUAAGGCCCCUCGAUGGCGUGAGGAAUCGCAGGCAUGGUGUUUAGACUUUAAAGGGCGUGUUUUGGUUGCCUCUGCGAAAAAUUUUCAGCUCCUUGAAGCUGUUGACACAUUGAACAAAGAUGUACCUCAGCCUGCAGAGCAAGAGAAAAUAAUUUUGCAGUUUGGGAAAUUCGGGAAGGACAUCUUCACCAUGGAUUAUCAAUACCCCCUCUCCGCGUUCGAAGCUUUCGCGAUCUGCUUGAGCAACUUUGGUUGCAAAGCCAUCCCAUGA